AGAAAAUUAUUUUUUUUCUCUAAAAUCUUAACGCAUAACAGUAACAAAUCAGCAAAGACACGCGACUCAGGAUUAAGAAACACAUCAAGAAAAUAAAUUAAAAUUUGUUCUCCGCAGAAGAAACCUGAAGUUUAAAGGCACAUUGGACAAUAAAAUGGCCAACAAACGCGCGCCCUGGGUUGUGUCCCUUGAGUAUUAGGUCGGCUUGAAGUUUUUUUAAAGAAGAAGCGAAGGUAGCAAAUAAAAAAAAAAGAAAGAAAAUAGUGGAAAGAGUUAAAAAAAAAAGAGAAAAAGAUAGAGACAAGGUGGGAGACAGAGGAAAACGAAAGAGGAAAUGAGGGAGAAAGAGAGAGGGAGCCUCUGGCAACGGGUCGAUCGAAAGCGCAGCGCACGAGAAAUGCACCACCUUCAGUCUGGCUCUGUCUCUCUGUAUAUGUGUACUUUAUACAAGCAGGCGCCUCUACCAAUACAACAAAACGAGAGUAGAGAGAAAGAGACAGAGCCAGAGAGUGAGAGAAAGAGAGACUCUCGUCGGCCAAGCCGCCUCGCGUUGGGCUAGGUCAGGUCUACCCGAGUUUCACUGUGCCAUUCGCGAGCCGCGACAUACACCCUCGUGCGCUGUGCAUUGUUUACGAAAAUUUUCACACCCUCCCUUUGCUGCCAUCAAAAAAAGUUUUUCCAAAAAAAAAAACCACCCUUAUCUCACUUAAUAAAAAUAUCAUCCCCCUCAGGAUAAAAUUUUAACCCUCACAUCAAUCCUUCGUCAACAAUUUUUCAAAUUCUACAAUCAGAAAACAAAAAUUCAUCACAAUUGAGUUUCCCUUUCGUUUCCAUCUUUUUUUUGCUUUUCUUUUUUUUCCGCUACUGUAAAAAAAAAAAAAAAUUAUUUUUUUCCCCCAAAAAACUCAAAUUCUUGUUACGUAACAAAAGUGAUUUUUCCAAAAAAAAGGGAUUUUGUAUUUUUUAAGCCCUCUGAUGUCCUGAUAAUCGAUAACCAACUCGAAAGUCGUUCGGAUCGAUCCCGCGUCCCGCCCGAAUAAAUGUUGGUUAAAAUCAGUAACGCCAUCAUCAAUUUAACAAUAAUUGGAAAAAAAAAAAUAUUUCGGAUUUUUUAUUCAAAGUGGUGUGAUGAUAAAAUGAAGUUAAAUUCAGUGUCGUUGAAAAAUUACAGGAUCACAUAGAAAAUUUUUGGUGAUUACAACAAAAACCACAAAAAAUAGGAUCACGGGGAAAAAAAUUUUCCUGUGAAGAAUGGAGGCUAGCGAAUGGGAUCAUGCGACCCUUCGGGAGGAGGAAUUUGAGCAACAUGCAGUUUAUCUUGUACCGGAUGUUUCUGGAUCACCAACUGAUGCAAAUAGAGCUGAAGCAUCAUUGCCGAGAAAUUUGGUGCUCAAAUCAUCUCAAGCUCUUAACGAUGCCCUGGGAGUCUGGAGCACGAGUUACAUUCCCAAGGGUACGCGCUUUGGACCACUCAUCGGUCAAAAAUACACCAAGGAUUCAGUGCCAGCGGACGCGAAUCGAAAAUAUUUCUGGAGGAUAUACAAGAACAACGAAUUGUUCUACUACAUCGAUGGUUUUGAUGUACAAAAAUCAAAUUGGAUGAGAUACGUGAAUCCAGCGUAUUCAUCGGAAUCGCAAAAUUUAAUUGCAUGCCAGUAUCAAAUGAAUAUCUAUUUUUACACAAUCAAACCAAUUUUACCAAAUCAGGAAUUACUGGUAUGGUAUUGUCGUGAAUUUGCCGAGAGGUUAAAUUAUCCCGAUACCGGUGAACAGAUGCUUCAACGAAUAAGGCAACAAGUUCAACAAUCAACGGAAAUUCCCCCAACGGUGGAAAUUGUCUCGCCCCUCAAGGAUUCAACAAUAUACGAAAGGCGUUCACAAAUGACACCCACCGAUGGUUCAGUGAGGUCAGACGAAGGUUAUCAUUCAAAUGGCUAUCAUGAUGAAAUUCUAACACCACCCGAGGAAAGCAGUGAAUCCGAUUCGGAGAAUUAUGUUCUUGAUUUUUCAAAAAAUGCCAAAGCCACCGGUACAGAAAUUCUCAAACAAGAUUCUCCAAAUGUCAAAAAUGAAUAUCGUAAAGUAAAAAUCAAAAUCAGUAAAACUUAUAAUAAUUUUCAAUCGACAAAAAAUUUAGAUCAAGUUAAAGAAAAAGAUGAACUAUCAAGUAGGGCAGCAUCGCCUGAAUUACAAAAACCCCUCUCACCGAUAAUAAACCAAAAAUCACGUUCACUAUCAGAGGAUGAAAUCACUGAAGAGAAGAAUAUAAAACCAUUUUAUGAAUCCGAACCGAAAAUAAAUCCAAAUCGUGCAUAUCUCACAACAUCGAGUUCAAUACUUGAAAAUAUUCUCCUAAGGAAUAAUACCACUGAUAAUAAUAAUAAUGGAACACAUCAUCAAAAUCAUCAUAAUCAGAAUCAUCAUUUAGUUGAUUCAGUGACACCACCACCAUCGAGUCCAACUGAAAUGGCCUAUUCAUAUAAAAAAUCACAUCGUUAUGGCAAUAUUCUACCAUGUAGUCCGGAUUCAAGUUCAAAUCUUCCAAUGCAAGAAAAUAAUUGUUCGCCUAGCAGUGGUAUUUUACCAAGUCCAACGGCUAUACAUUCAACUGGUAAUUUACAUUCAAGUACUGGAAAUUUACAUUCGAAUAAUGUACAUUCGAAUAAUUUACAUUCAAAUAAUUUACAUUCAAGUAGUGGUCAUCAUCAAAAUAUUCGUGAAACUUCAACUAAUUCAGCGACUGUUUUACAUUCAACAGCAAGUAGUCCAGGAAUAUUACAUUCAAGCACAAAUCAUUCAAAUUCCAUUAUAACGUCCGCCAAUCUAAAUAACAAUAUUCCCAAAAGAAAAACCAAAAGUCCAACACCAUCAACAACAUCAACUAUUCAUUAUUCAAAUUCACAACAAAUAGAAUCCACUGUCUAUUUAAAUUCCAAUAAUCCCUCGCCAAUAUCACCAAUACAAUCACCAUCAUCCUAUUCCUAUGGACUAUAUCAUCAAAAUGGAUCACUACAUCAUAAUGUGACGCCAUUAUCAAUAAAUUGCAGUCCCUAUUCACCAACACCAACAACAAGUAUUGUUUAUGAAAGAAAUGGUGAACGACGUCAUGAUGUACCAAAUAAUAAUCAUCAAUUACCAACAUCGUCAACAAUGCAAAUUGAUAGUAAUCAAUUAAUUGCCGGUACACAUAAUUUACAUUUAGGACAUCAUCCUGGUUUAACAAUACAUGGAAAUCAAUCGCUCAAUCGUUAUUCACCAGCAAGUAGUCUAUCGCCUGAUGAUCAUGCAUGUUCACAAAGUGGAUCAUUGAGUCCAAAUUCACAAGGAUCAAGGGGUUAUCGUUCAUUGCCCUAUCCAUUAAAGAAAAAAGAUGGUAAAAUGCAUUAUGAAUGUAAUGUUUGUUGUAAAACAUUUGGACAAUUGUCAAAUUUAAAAGUACAUUUAAGAACACAUUCUGGUGAACGUCCAUUUAAAUGUAAUGUUUGCACCAAGAGUUUCACGCAAUUGGCACAUUUGCAGAAACAUCAUUUGGUACACACAGGCGAGAAACCACAUCAGUGUGAAAUUUGCAAGAAGAGGUUUAGCUCAACUUCAAAUUUAAAGACACACUUGAGAUUACACUCGGGACAAAAGCCGUACGCUUGUGAUUUGUGUUCGGCAAAAUUCACUCAAUUUGUUCAUUUGAAACUUCACAAAAGGCUUCACACGAACGAAAGGCCCUACACAUGUCAGGGUUGUGACAAAAAAUACAUUAGCGCAAGUGGACUUCGAACACAUUGGAAAACAACAAGUUGUCGACCAAAUAAUAUUGAAGAUGAACUUGCACUUGCCGCUGCUGUUGGUUCACCCACUUAUUAUGAAUAUGGGCCCGACAUGAAUGUUGGAAAUAUGCCGAAGGAAUGCGAAUUGGAACACAUUGAAAAUUAUGAAAGGCGCAAUGGUAAUCAUGGACCACAUUCGACGUCACUUCACAAUUUGGAAAAUUCCGUUGGACGUCCAAGUGUCAUUGAAACAUCCCAGCCGCACAUUAUCGAAUGCACUUAGAAUAUCUGGAACACAAUAACUUAAAAAAAAAAAAAAAUAAAUGGAAUUCAAUUUUUUGAUACAAAAAAAAACAAAAAAAUCGCAAAUACUACUUCCAUUAAAAAUCAAGUGAGAAUGAAACUCACAAGAUGCGAUUUUCUCUCUCUUUUGGCUGUAAAAAAACAAGACUACACCAGUUUUCUAUAAAUCAUUUGUGUUCCAAGAUAAAAAAACGAUUGUGUUCCAGUCAAAAAAGACUGUGUACCAAAAAACAAAAAAAAAAAACUAAAGACUGAAUUGUACUUCAGUUAAAAUCCUCCAACGGAAGGAAAAAUACUCCGCGUGUUCUUUGUGAUGAAU